CGAGAGUCCAAUCUCUGGCGAUAAAGAUGGCUGACCCAAAAUAUGCUAAUCUUCCUGGGAUUGACCACAACUCACCAGAUGUGUUUGAGACAAAUGAGCUGCCUGAAGAUGACCAGGCUAUUCAUCAAGAUGCUACAGAUGUAAGUCCUGACUGUGUGGAGAAGUUGCCUAUAGACACCAAGGCAGCUCACAGUAUUUUUAAGGGGAAGGAGGCCAGCUCUUCUGGGAUAGAUUUCUCUGACAGGAUCAGCAAGUCAAGACGCACUGGCUAUGAUGUUCAUCAGGCUGAAUAUGAAAUACUGGAACAGGGGUCGACAGCCAAGGAAACACCUCAGCAAAAGUACCAACGUCUACAGCAUGAGAUCCGUGAGCUGGCAGAGGAGGUCAACCAGAUCAAGGAUACAGUGAAGGAUGAGAAGUCCACAGAGAAGUUGUCACCUGUGCAGAUGGGGAAACAGCUGGAGUACUUGCAACAUCAGCUGGUCGACCUCCACCUGGAGAAGCUCCUUGGACCUGAGGCAUCCGUGGAUCUCUCCGACCCUCAGGGAGCAUUGAGAAAGCGUUUAAUGAGUCAGAUUGAUGCAUACAAGCCUGUUCAGGCAGCUAAGAAUGUGCCAGCCAAUCAGCAAGGAGGACCAGAUCAUGUGACAUAUGAGCUGUAUUACAGACCUGAGCAAGCCCAGUUCAGUAAAAAUGCUCGGGUUGCAAGUCUAGAAGAGAGGCUGGAGCGCCUGGAAGCCGUUUUAGGACAAAAUGUAGAUAAAAUGACACUGCUGACCAAUGACACUGAUAACAAGAGUGUUGUGGGUGCGGUCAGUGUCCUCAACUCCAAACUGUCCCUACUGGAACAGAGCAACCUAGAACAGGUGGACAUUCGGCUGCAGAGUGUGUUGCAGAAACUCACGCAGAUAGCAGAGAAGAAGGCCUCACAAGAAGAUGUGGAAAAACAGAAAAAGGUGUCCGAGUUAUACGAGCUCGUCAAAAAGUGGGAGAGUGUUGCUGAUUCACUUCCUCAAGUUGUUGACAGGAUGGUGGCCCUCAAAGAUCUCCACGAACAAGCUCUUCAGUUCAGCCAGGCCUUGACCCACCUGGACACGUCUCAGCAGGAGAUCAAUGGCAGUCUCAAGGCACACACAGACAUGCUGGCGCAGCUCCAGGGAACAUUCAAGCAGAACACCGACGCCAUUAAGAAGAACUGUGAAAGCCUAGAAAGCCGAAUCAAAGUCCUGCAGAAAUAAUGGACUCCUAGCCAUAACAUUGUCUAAUUUAUUGAUGUGCAAUUUCCUCCUUCAUCUUUCUACCACUGGUUCGGAGGGGUCUUGUUGAAGUUUGACACAAAUAUGUAUAAAGGAAGAAGGCAGGUUGCAUGGACCAGUAAAAAUUGAAUUAAGUAUAUAUAAAUUACUUAGAUUAUUUACAGAUUAAAUAAUUGCAGAUUAUUACAGUGAUGAUAUUUGUUUUGAUCGUAUUUUAGGUAUGGUUGUUAUGGUAAUGUGACACAUUAUUUUAUUGAACAUUUAAAAAGUUAGCGUGUGUAUUAAAAAGACAAAAUAAGUGAAUCAAUGGGUGUAAAAUGAAAAUAGCCAGAAGUGGAAAUCACUUGUGAAGCUCCUGAUUGAAGGAGGGUCAAGAGUGAGACAUUUAUCAAACAACAGAAUGAGUUCUCACUGGUAGGGAGUGUUGGUGCACCGAUUGUAUUGCCAAAGUAUGUCUUUCAGUUAACCUGUCUGGCAUUUGAAUAUGUUAAUGUAUUCACACUGACUGAAUAUUCAUUAUAUGUCAUGCAUUUAUCAGCAAUGAUUGAAAAGCCAUGUACUCCAUUACCUUCCUUGAAACAUCGUAACCAUGAUCUGAAUGAACAUGGGUAUGUUUAGAUUCAUUUUCAAUCUUAUACUUGGGUUGACAAGCAACAUCUAGUUAUAAAAAUUAGUUGAAUUAGAUCUUAUUAAAUGCGAGCAUUGAAUAUUGGUGUGAAGUAAAUUUCAACCUGUUAUUUGUUUCGAAAAGCAACUUCUUAUAAUAAACAUUGUAAUUAUGAUAAUAUGAAUCUUCUUUUUUCUACAUACCAGUAUAUGUGUUAUGUUUAUUAUGGCAAGGGAUCUGAUACUUGACUUGCGCUCUGUAUGGUAAUGGUUUCAGUAGUUUGAUUAAACAACUGCCUUUAGCUUAUAGUCCCCAUUCCUCCAUAACACCUGCAUAUGUAGUGACAAAAUGUAAAGAAAUUUCUUCUUGCAGUGUUGUACUUGAACAGUUAUUGCACCAUAUAAAGCUUCCAAAGCCAGGUGGCCUGUUGUCGAAGGUGCCGUAAUUAGGGUUGUCUCCCUUGAGUGAGUGAGUGAGUGAGUAUGGUUUUACGCCGCUUUUAGCAAUAUUCCAGCAAUAUCACGGCGGAGGACACCAGAAAUGGGCUUCACACAUUGCACCCAUGUGGGGAAUCUAACCCGGGUCUUCAGCAUGUCGAGCGGACGCUUUAACCAUUAGGCUACCCCACUGCCCCGUCUCCCUUGAUGACACCAGGAAUUUAUGAUCAUGUGUUCGUAUCCCAAUGAUAUUUGUAGGUUUGUCAGCAUUGUGUGCUUGUGGGUUUCCUCCCACAUCAAGUUUCCAUCCUGUGAUAUGACUGGAAUACUGUUCAAAUUGGCCUUAAACCUAUCUCACACUCACGUCAAUGCUAGCUGUUUAUAUAUACUCAACUAUCUCACACUCACGUCAAUGCUAGCUGUAUAUAUAUCUUCAACAACAAAAGUUAAGGACCACCCCCAUUUUCAAUAUUUAGAUAUUUAAGAGUUCAUAUUAUGAUCCAUUUGAUACUUAAAUAUUGAAUAUUGGAGUGGUCCUUAACUUUUUUUGUUGAGCAUACAUAGCGGUAUGUACCACUGACACCAAGGUAACAUUGUAAUUGUGCAUUGCAUGUGAAUGUCUACUUAAUCUGUCCCCAGUGAUAAAUUUCAUCUAUUGUGGUCGAUAAGUCAAACAUUUUCUGAAGCCUAAGAUAAUGUUAGACGUGUAUAAUGAUUAGUGUUGGUAUGUACAUACACUCUCGAUGUGCUGGUCUCUGUAAUAUACAUCUGUUGUGCUUCAUGGUGCUUUUCUCAGUGCUUGGUGAAGCCUCUGUUGAAUAAAGCUUUAUUCUAA